UAGAAGCUGUGAAGAGAAGAAAAGUCUACCAUCAUCCUUCCAUAUCUGACGCGCCGCGUUCAACUCCACCUCUAUAUAAUAAUAGUAGCGGCGAAGAGCGAUUCCCAUUCCACUGUCAGCAGCUGCUAGCUACUCUGGUACGAUCAUCCUCUGCUACGUUGACGAGGAUGGCCGCACGCCUCGCGCUGGUGGCGGCGCUCCUGUGCGCCGGUGCCACGGCCGCCGCGGCGCAGCAGGCGAGCAACGUCCGGGCGACGUACCACUACUACAGCCCGGCUCAGAACGGCUGGGACCUGGGCGCCGUGAGCGCCUACUGCUCCACCUGGGACGCCGGCAAGCCGUUCUCGUGGCGGUCCAAGUACGGCUGGACGGCGUUCUGCGGCCCCGCCGGCCCCCGCGGCCAGGCGUCGUGCGGGCGGUGCAUCCGGGUGACCAACACGGGCACGGGGGCGCAGAUCACAGCGAGGAUCGUGGACCAGUGCGCCAACGGCGGGCUGGACCUCGACUGGGACACGGUGUUCGUCAAGAUCGACACCGACGGCAUGGGGUACCAGAGGGGCCACCUCAUCGUCAACUACCAGUUCGUCGACUGCGGCGACAACCACAUCAACUUCCAUGGAAAGAACGAGACGCUCCCAGCCAGCAUUCAUGCUGUUGAGUAAUUAAAAGCUACUGUACGUAGUAGCACAUGCAUGAUGCUCAGAUGCCGCAUUGUUGCGCUGUACGCACACAUGUAUGCAUGCAUGGCACGGAUCAAGUGGAAUAAAUCAAACGGGAAGUGGAAUAAAUUUCAUGUAUGGAUCGUAUGAUUGUAACAGCGGGAAGUGGAAUAAAUUUCAGAAGUUGGCAGAAA